AUGACAUCCACAUCGGGCGGCUCGCGCAUCUCCGGGCUAUCCGACUUCCCCGUCCCGCCGCCCAAUCCGGAUCUCACGCCGGCGCACAUGUCGUUGCUCAGCUCGUACUUCGAUGGCGCUACUGCAUCCACCGAGAACCUCGCUGACGUGCGCCCUUUGAACCCAAAGCGGACGACAUUCGGGCUGGAGGAGGACGAGACCGUCGACGGCCAUUUCACUGCUCGGUAA